GCCGGAGAGGAAACAACAGCAUCGCGGCAACAUCAUGAGGGGGAGCGCAGAGGGGUUUUUCCUCUCUCCGCUGAGGGAGUGAGGAGAGAAGAAGAAAAGAGGUAAGAGAAGAGGAGAGGAGAGAAACUUUCCUCUAAAGGAUCUUCUCGCUGAGACUAGACCAUGAGGCUGUGAAUCGUCCCUCUUACGGAGCUCUUCUUCCUCAUUAGCUGACCCCAUGUCUCCCAAACGUGGACCCCCCACUCGGAGCACACCACUCUGGAUGCUGCGGUGCACGCUGCUCUGUGCUGUGAUGCUGGCAGGGGGCUCCACCCUGAGCCCAGAGGACUUACAGAGCACCACAACGCUGCCGGAGGACUGGACCAGGAGCCCCAUCCAGCUGCAGCCAGACCUCCAGACUGAGAACCUGAUGAUCAACGAAGCACAGACUGAAGCACAGACUGAAGCAGAGACUGAAGCAGAGACUGAAGCACAGACUGAAGCAGAGACUGAAGCACAGACUGAAGCAGAGACUGAAGCAGAGACUGAAGCACAGACUGAAGCACAGACUGAAGCACAGACUGAAGCACUGACUGAAGCACAGACUGAAGCACAGACUGAAGCACAGACUGAAGCACAGACUGAAGCACAGACUGAAGCACUGACUGAAGCACAGACUGAAGCUCAGACUGAAGCAGAGACUGAAGCACAGACUGAAGCACUGACUGAAGCACAGACUGAAGCACAGACUGAAGCACAGACAGAAGCACAGACUGAAGCACUGACUGAAGCACAGACUGAAGCUCAGACUGAAGCACUGACUGAAGCACUGACUGAAGCACAGACUGAAGCUCAGACUGAAGCUAUACAGACUGAAGCACAGACUGAAGCACUGACUGAAGCACUGACUGAAGUACAGACUGAAGCACUGACUGAAGCACUGACUGAAGUUCAGACUGAAGCUCUGCAGACUGAAGUGCAGACUGAAGCUCUGCAGACUGAAGCUCAGACUGAAGCACAGACUGAAGCACAGACUGAAGCUCUGCAGACUGAAGCUCUGCAGACUGAAGUACAGACUGAAGCUAUACAGACUGAAGCACAGACUGAAGCUCUGCAGACUGAAGCUCAGACUGAGGAGCACAGACUGAAGCACUGA